CAGCAGAGAAGGACAAAAUUACAAUACUGUUCGAGAAAUUCGAGGCACAUUUCCUGCCGAAGGAGAAUCUACCCUAUGAGAGAUACAAAUUCUUCUCUUAUAGACAGCAACCCGGUCAGACGCUAGAACAGUUCAUCACGGAGCUGAAGCAGAGGGCCAUGAAGUGCAAACUCGGCGAGUUACAAGACAGCCUCAUUAAAACAAUGAUAAUUUGUGGGGUUAAUAAUUCCACAAUACGUGAACAGUUGCUCCAAAAAGAUGAGUUAACUCUCGAUAAGGCUAUCGAGCAGUGUCUAAUCAUCGAGAUGUCGAAAGCAAGAAGCGAUGCCAUUGAGGGGGCACAGACCAACGGAAAUAGUGUAGACGCCAUUAACCGGAGGAGAAAUCAGGGCAGCCACCAGGGCGGAAUGUCUCCGGCCGGUAAACAGCGACCUACCACAACGACCGGCGGCGGAAACAGCAAGCAGACAAAGAUGAUAACGGACUGUACAAAAUGCGGAAGGUCACAUGCGAUAAAUAAAUGUCCGGCGUUCGGAAAAAAAUGUAACGCGUGUCAAAUUAAAAAUCACUUCGCGAGUAAAUGUCUUAAAAAUAAAGAUAAGGUUAGUAAAGCGGAAAAUAAAGUACACAAAGUAGAAGUAGGUAACGCGGAAGAUUACAUGUUUGUUGGCUCAAUAGAUGUCGAUACAGUUGACUCAAAGGAUAUGGUAUUGAUGAACGAAUGGUCAACUAGUAUCAAAAUAAGAGAUAAAGAGAUAAAUUUUAAAAUGGACACGGGAUCUCGUGUAAAUACGUUGCCGUUAAAGACCUAUAACGAAUUAGGUUUUCCGAAAAAUGUUUUAAAGAGAACUGAUGUAGUACUAUCAGCGUAUACAGGUGAUUUGCUUAAGGUAGUUGGAAAUUGUGUCAUACCGUGCGUAGUCGGGAGAAAAAAUUAUAAUCUUCAGUUUUUCGUGAUAGACACAGAUAAAAAACCAUUACUGGGAUUACUGACCUUAAUUAAACUAAAUUUAGUACAGAGAAUAGAUGCAGUCGAUUCAGUAAAUUUAAAUUACAAGAAAUUAAUUAGCGAUAAUAAGCAGUUAUUUGAAGGCAUCGGUUGCUUAAAGAAACCGUGUCACAUAGAGCUUAAAGAAAAUGCGACACCUGUAGUACAUCCUGCAAGGAAAGUGCCAGUGCACAUUAAAGAAAAAUUAAAAGAAACUCUAGACGCUUUAGAAAAACAAGGAAUUAUCGAAAAAGUCGAUUAUAGCACGGAUUGGGUAAAUAGUCUUGUCAUUGUCAGAAAGCCUAACGGGGAUUUGCGUAUCUGUCUAGAUCCACAAGAUUUAAACAGGGUAAUUAAGCGCAUAUACUGUCAAAUUCCUACACUGGAACAAAUUCCAACGAAAUUUAAGGGGGCAAAGUACUUUAGCACUCUAGAUGCAACAAAGGGGUUUUACCAGAUACAGUUAGACAAAGAAAGCUCAGAUCUGUGCACGUUCGCAACACCCUUCGGAAAAUACAAAUGGUUAAGGAUGCCGUAUGGGUUAUGCUCAGCCCCGGAAGUAUUUCAGGAAAAUUAUAGCUCAGUUUUCAACACAGAGAGUUCAGAAACGUAUAUUGAUGACGUAAUUGUUUGGAGAAAGACAAAAGAAGAACACGAUAAAAGACUGUUAAAGGUGUUCCAGUUAGCAAAAGAAAAUAAUGUUACAUUUAAUUUAAGUAAAUGCAAAUUUGGAAGAACGGAAAUUGAAUAUAUAGGCCACAUAAUUACUGACAAGGGCAUGUAUCCUAAUGGAAAUAAAAUUUGUGCUAUAAUGGAGUUUCAACAACCGGAAAAUAAAACUGACGUUCAGAGAUUGUUAGACAAAACUGCUCCGUUAAGAAAUUUGAUAAAAGACAACGUAGAGUUUAUCUGGUCGACUGAACGUACUAAAGCUUUAGAUGAAAUUAAAAAAAUUCUCUGUAGUCAGCCAGUCCUACAGUUCUUUGACAAAGAUAAAGAGUCCGUUGUCUCAAUGGACGCUUCGAAAGCAGGGCUUGGGGCUGUCCUUAUGCAAAAUAAAUUACCUUGUGCGUAUGCAUCUAAAGCAUUGACAGAAACUCAAACUAGAAUGAGACUGCAGUUGCAGAAAUAUGACAUAGAUUUAAGAUAUAGACCCGGUAAAGAAUUAGUGAUUGCGGAUGCACUGUCAAGAGCGUACGUCAAAGAGCACAAUAUAGCAGAAUGGGAAGAAGACAUUGAUGCUCAAGUUUGUCUAAUAACUAGUCAAAUAAAUGCAACUCCUAAAAAAUUAGAAAAGUUAGUAGAAGAGACAAACAAAGAUGACGAAUUGGUUGAGCUUAAAAAAGUUAUCCUAGCGGGUUGGCCUAAGAAUACGAAACAAUUGCCGAACAGCGUGAAAAGUUACAAACAAUAUCAAAGCGAAUUAACUAUUGCGGACGGUUUAGUCUUUAAGGGUCAAAGCCUUGUAAUUCCAAAAAACUACUUCUCUAAAUAUCCGGAAAUCGCAGAACUCGGAAAUAACAUGACUAGCAAUACUGUAAUUAAAAGGAUGAAAGCUAUAUUUGCGAGACACGGCAUACCCCGGACGGUGAUAUCUGAUGGAGGGACUCAAUUUACUUCCAGAGAGUUUGAACAAUUUGCAAAAGAAUAUGAGUUUGAUCACAUACCAUUGUCCCCGACGUAUACACAGUCCAAUGGAAUGUCGGAAAGAAAUAUUCAAACUGUCAAAAGUAUGUUUAAGAAAGCUUUAGAAGGGAAGUCAGAUCUAGAUCUUGCAUUGCUACACUAUAGAAACACACCAAUACUUGGGAAUGUCUCACCAGCGGAAGCGUUAAUGUCUAGAAAACUUAGAUCUAAAUUACCGUAUACAAAUAAAAUGUUAAAACCUAAAGUCGCGACAAAACUAAUUGCAGAAACUGUGGCUAAACUACAAAAAGACGAACAAAAGUACUAUAAUGCGAGAAAUGCGAAAGAGUUGCCACCGAUACCAGACAAUUCUUUUGUGUAUGUUCAACGAAGUCCAAGGUCUAACUGGGUUCCUGCCACGGUUUUAUGUCAGAUGAGAGAUAGGUCGUACAAAGUCAAGCUGCAAAACGGCUCGAUACAAAUUAGAAAUAGAAGGUUUAUAAAGCUUCUUAAAACCCGGACCGUAUCGUUAAACGCGGCUCCUAAAACAGAAGCUUCUAAAAAAGCGGAGAAAGAGAUAGAACCAAAGAUUUACAUUGAAAUAGUAGAUAAUGAGGUCGAACCGAUUCAAAAUGUAAACAACGACGCUGAACUGCAGGCUAACAGCAGCACCUCAAGUACAGAAGAGUUUGAAGAUUCUAGAAUGGAGUCAGAGAGUACAGGUUCAGAUUCGGAGGUGGAAGCGGGAAACCAAACUGUAAGAACUGCGUCAGGCAGAGUAAGCAGACCACCUCAGAGACUGAAGCUGUAA